AUGCGUCUUCCUCAUGGGAACAUUGACCGAAGAUUGAAAAGACAAAUCCCAGAAUGGCGGUAUGGCUGCAGGGCCACCCAGUAUGGCGGAGGUACAUAUCCGGCACUUGGGCCUUGUUUUGCGCCCUCUCCAAGUAACAAGGCCCAUCUAGAACACCAGCCGGCAUAUACCUCAGCUCAGAUAACGACGCAGAUAGCCUAG